AUGGACGUACCAGGAGGGGGAGCCGCCGCUGGCGCACCUCGGCCCGGGCUGCCGGGCACCGACAUCUACUCCAUCGAGGGCCAGUUCCUGUACGAGAUAGAGGACCCCCGGAACCGCUUCGCCGCGCGCCGCCCCGUCGAGGCCAACGUCUUCCUGCUUCCCAUCAGCGUGUGCAACCUCGUCCACUACGUCUACCGCCUCAACACCACCGCCUACCUCGCGCCGCUGCGCCGCCUGGUCGCGGACUACGUCCACGUCGUCGCCGAGAGGCACCCGUACUGGAACCGGUCCGGCGGCGCCGACCACGUCCUCGUGUCGUGCCACGACUGGGCGCCGCUGGUCUCGGAGGGGAACCGGCAGCUCUACAGCAACACCAUCCGGGUUCUGUGCAACGCCAACACGUCGGAGGGCUUCAGGCCCAGGAAGGACGCGACGCUGCCGGAGGUGAACCUCGCCGACGGCGUCCUCCGCAGGCCUACGUUCGGCCUGCCGCCCGAGAACCGGACGACACUCGCCUUCUUCGCCGGCGGGAUGCACGGCGAGAUACGCAGGAGCCUCCUGCAGCACUGGGUCGGCAGAGGACCCGGACAUGCACGUCCACGAGUACCUCCACGCCGGGCAGGACUACCACGCGCUCAUGGCCAGGGCGCGGUUCUGCCUCUGCCCCAGCGGCUUCGAGGUGGCGAGCCCGAGGGUGGUGGAGUCUGUCUUCGCCGGCUGCGUGCCGGUGAUCAUCUCGGAGGGGUACCCGCUGCCCUUCAGUGA